GCAAAACCAUUCACACAACGAAAAUAGGCCAUGUUCUUGGUGCAUAAUGCAGUACAUUCAACAAAAAAAGUCUCACUUGCUAUACAGCAAAGCUUAUCCACUGCAAACAUGUCGGGUGGUCUGGAAAUUUCUUAUGCUAUUUCAGCAAUAUUAAUGGUUGGCGUACUGCAAUUUGCAGCUAAGCAUGACAAGUUUACAGCUAGUUCGUACAUGAUGCUGCGUUUUCCGCAAGGAGGCCCGCGCUUUUGGUGACACGCAUGAGGCUUUAUUUUCGCUUCUCAUGCAUGACAGAAUUGAGAGUGAGGGGAAACCAACAAGACAAACCUUUAUUCAUCUUCCAGACCACCCAGACGUAUUUGCGAUGCAUAACUACCCAGACGUUGCCCGCGUAGUUUUGGCGCUUCUUCUCCUUCUGCUAACCUUCGUAGCUUGGCCGGCGGGACUCGGGACACGGUACCGUGGGUCUGGAGAGUUGCAGCUGGUACUUCUGCAUCAGUAUACACUACAAACACGUCUGUGUCUGGAAGGACGCAAACCUGUGAUGUGGAAACUGAAACGGGCAAAAAUCAGUGCUGCAUGGGCUGCGGUUGCAAAGGGUGUGCGUUGUUGUCGUGCAGAAGAGGGGUCCAGGAGUCUCCGCAGAGUUUGUCAUGCCCCUUGUUUAAUACUCCAUGGUACAGACCUCCUUGCAGUGACAGAAACGGCAUGAAAGAUGGCUUCUUCCUUCAAGACCCAGACACAUUUUUGCAUUUGAUAAUCAGCGCAGCUGCGUAUCGUUCCGACGCUUUCAGCUCCAUGACAUGCGUAUCCGAUGCGAAUGUGUCUGGGUUCUUUGGUAAACUGG